GUGAAUGUAAUCUUCCGUAAGUAAACCAUUCAUAUAUAUCUACAUGUUUAGGCGUUUAGGCGUUUUUCACGCAUCAAUAUUCUGUAUGAACGACAGUGUCGCUAUCGUUGCGCAGCUUUUCUACCGUAUAUUGUACGACAAACUAUAUCAUCGUUAAAAGUUAUAGAAUAGAUUGCUCGAAGGGCGUAAAGUAACGUCUCCAUAAAGUUACCUAGGCAUGGAAGGCGUUAAUUAAUUACGUCACAUGUAUCAUUGGACUUUGAUUUUGAGUGAAUAUGAUUGUGGAGUAGAUCGGGUGGUGAUCGAAAAAGGUUAGUUUUACCGACUGUGUGUUAUAUAUAUAUAUAUGUAUAUAUAUAUAUGUAUACACCUCCGAGACUUAUUCCACAUAAAUAAAAAUGGCGCAGCUAGUGACCCUAGGAAGCAAAUUCUCCUAUUGGAUAUUCGGCGUCUGACGUGGAAUUCUCGCGAUCUGUUUUACCGACGAACGCCGUGUGAAUGCUGGAUGUAAGUGUAGCGCUAUAAUUGAAUGACUGAAGACGCCGUCGAGUGACACUUCGUGCCUCCUUCGGGUUCGAAGGUGGGAUUCGUGGUGGUCGGCCGAAUCGUGAGAGCGCCAAGUCCAUCGAUUAACAGGGACGCGAAAUAAGAUGCACGGUGAGCUCGCAGUUCUCCGUACGCCUACUGGUUGCUGCCGAAGGCUUAGUUACGAUCUCGAGCGUGAGCAGCGAGCAGCGUUUUAUCGUUGGCCGUCAAGGACGAGAAUGAUGGAAAGAAGAUGGUGAGGCAGCGCUUCCUCGGCCACUGGAAUGGGUUCGCAAACGCUGGAGAUCCUGAGGCAAGGCGUCUGGGCGAGCCUGACGGGCGGUUGGUUCUACGAUCCGCAUCUCGACGCCUUCUCCAACACCUUCCACCUUUACGUCUGGCUGUUUCUACUCUGUCUGCCAUUCACGAUUUAUCUGUAUUUUCCUCCCACGUUAUACGUUUGGUUGGUAUAUUGCUCGUCGUUUGUUGCUGUCUUUGGGACGAUAAAGUGUGUGAAUCAUGCUCUACACUGUGUAUAUGAUACAACCGAGUGUUUGGAAGAACCAGGACAAACUAUCAGCCAACAGAAGUCUGAGAGUGAGAAAAAACGUGCAGUGCAUAAUAAAACCAGGGAACAGUCGCAAGAUCAAACAAGCCAUGGCAUAGAGUUACAAGUUUUGAAUGGUAAAACAGACACACCACCUGUGGAAUGUUCAUCGCGUAACUCAUUCAUAGAAACAAAUAUACAGAAUGCCGAUGCCGAUAGUAUAACGUCCGAGUACAAUCGAGAUAAGCCUAGCUCGACUAUAGAUCUAAAGGUAGAAAUACAUAGGAAAAACAGUUCAGAAAGCUCAGAGGAGGCCCAGCAACUUAAUAAACCAAUGGUAACUAGCAUUAACGUGCAUGAGGCUGAGUUGGUUUCUGCACAGUACCAUGAGCCACGUUUUAAGAAUAUUAUAAAUGAAUGGAGAUUGAAGCGACAGAAAUGCGUGGUGAUUGCGGAAGAAGACCGACCGGGACCUCGUAAGUUGUGUCGGCACGCGUCCGAAGACUCGAGAAAUCGACACUCGAAACAAAGCAGCCUCGGUAAAACGGGAUCUGAGAGUCAAAUAAAACAGACCAGUUCGCUGGAGUUGGAACAUCCUGGCGACGAUUACCCGUACUGGAAAUCUAACCAAAGCGUCCGCAGACUUAAUUCCAAUUCCAUACCAAUGGAAACACACCUGAUAAAUGAUCAUCCGCAGAGUUUGGAGAUCAUAUCGAAAAAGGGAGACACGGACAACAAUAAGAUUUCAUCUCAUCCGCAAUCAUUGGAGGUUAUUACGAAGAAACCGCAUCAGCAACUCGUACAUCCACAAAGCCUUGAAACGAUUGGUGCUACUAGUAAAAAUACAAACAAUACCGACGACAAUAACCUGCCUCUUCAUCCGCAAAGUCUCGAAACAAUAAAUAGUAAGAAGGUCUUACCGCAAAACACACUGAAGAGAAACCAACUGCAGCUCUUACCGUAUCUUAGUUAUGGAUCCGAGAUAGUUCACCCGAUAGCGGAACAGAGCGACGAACAGUUCGCCAACGAAAGUUCGGGAGGAUUUAGCCUGCGAGACUCCUUCAGCCCGUUUCUCACGCGAAAGAACAUGGGUGACGCGAGCGCUGCGUCCGGUCGAGACCGAAGUCACAGCGCUUGUAGAUUCGAAGAUGAUUUCACGAGAUUUAACGAUGACAAUGCGAUAGAUAAUAACUCGGCAAAUUCGCGAGAUGCGUUGCUCGAGGAGUCGAAGCCUAGCGUUAAAAGGAGAUACAGUAACGCCAGCCAAAGUAGCCACGAGUUUUCCGACGGUGAAAAGACCAAGGAGAAGCGCUCGACCAAGAACACCGAAGACCCGCUCAAUUCGGGCAGCGUAGUGGGCAUUGAUUGGUUGUUCGAGAGCGGCGAUUGUCCGAUGGACCCUUGGACGAGUAAGAUAUUUUGGACUUUCGCACGCUCUGAUGAUACGGAUACAUCAGAAAGCCUACAGACGGCUAGUACAGAUUAUCUCCACACGAAGGAGCCCGACUCGGGAUCGUCCAGCACGACGACCCUCAGCCUGGAGAACGAGGUGAAGCGGAAGCUGCUGGAGGCGGACAACGUCGCCAACAAGCGUCACCAGGGUGCGAUUCCUAAGCAGAGUCGCGCGAAACUGCCGGAUACCGCGGACGACAGUAUUGCGAGCGCGGAACAGCAGCCGCGGGAGAAUUUCAAGCGUUAUCUGGAGGUGCGACGAGAGAAGGCCAGGCGACGGGGCAGCGGCGGCGGCAGCGGCGGUGGCGGUGGUAGCGGCGGUGGCGGUGGUGGUGGUGGUGGUAGCGGUAGCGGCGGCGGCGGCGGCGGCGGUAGCGGCAAGUUGGAGCAGCAGACCACCGGCUCGAACAACGAACUGAGCACGCUACUGCCGAGCCCGGCGCCGCCGUUGCUGGCCGCGUUGCUCAACUCCGAGCGGGAGCUGCCCGGGCAGUCGAGCGGCAACGCGUCGUGCGAGCGACGGCUGCACCGCAGCACCGACAGUCGCAACAUCCGCACGAGGUACGGCCGGCUGAAGCGGCCGUUCCGCGGCCAACGCAGCGGGCCGCGCAUCGGCGGCCGCGACGACAACGUCGUGCCGUUGACCGCGCUCUUCGGCCUCAUCUCGACCGGCGAGUGCCACCUGGCGACCAAUCACAACGACACGUCGGAGGGCGCGGUGCACUACUUUCGCGACGACAACGGCUGCUGGCUGGCGUACACCUUCGACGAGAAGGCCUCGGACGUCGCGACGACGGCGGCCAGUAACCAGCACAACAACGAGAAGCUGUUGAACAGCCUGCUGCGGCAGCAGCUCAACCAGCACUACGACGCGAACUGGGAGCUGGCGGACUCGCUGAGCAACAGUUACAGCAGCCUGUCGCUCAACUCUGCCGGGCUGACGGUGAUAAUCGACACGCCGCCGGUGCUGUCGAGCCCGGCCAGCAAUCGGACGAAGACGCAGCAGAGCUCGCCGCCGUCCAACCUGGUCUCCUCGAAUACCGGCAGCUCGAACCAGUGCGAGAACUCGGAACAGUUCCACCAGCAGACGACGCUGUCGAUCGCGCGCUCGGACUCGAUGGCCGACCGGAACCGCCGGCUGCAGAACCUCCUGGGCAAUUUGAACCUGAACGCGUACCACCACCACCACCACCACCACCACCCGGAGACGGCCACCGGCCGGAUGCCGGCGCACCAAGAGCCCGACAUCAACACCAGCCUCUCGUGGAACCGCUUCAUCGAGGGUCGGCUGGAGGGCCUGGACACGCCGCCGAAGCGCAAGCAGACCCGGCAUUACUACAAGUGGAAGAUCGGCAGGCUGCCGCACGUGAAGGUGCGCUUCGACCGGCUGGCGCUGCUGGCGCUGCUCGACCGCAACCUGACGCUCCUGGAGACCGUGGCGUCCACCCUGCUGGCGGCGGCGGUGGCCGGGCUGAGCCUCUUGCUGCUGCAGCAGGGCUUCUAUCGCGACAUCUUCGCCUUCGUCUUCUGCUUCGUCACGGCCGGCUGCCAAUACUCGCUGCUGAAGUCGGUGCAACCCGACGCCGCCUCGCCCACGCACGGCUUCAAUCGCGUCAUCGUCUUCUCCAGGCCAGUCUACUACAUCCUCUGCUCGGGCCUGAUCCUGAUACUCGACGAGACGCUGAGGAGCCUGGGCAAGUCCUCGGACUUCCGGGUCUACGGGCUGCGCGUCGCCGAUUACGAGCUGAUAGCGCAGGCGCGCAACGCGCUGCUGGUCUUCCUGCUCUGCUUCCCGAUCGUCUUCUCCCUCGGGCUGUUCCCGCAAAUCAACACGUUCCUCAUGUACGUGUGCGAGCACCUGGAUAUACACCUGUUCGGCGGCAACGCGACCACCAGCCUGGUGUCGUCGUUGUACUGCCUCUGUCGCAGCGUACUCACCGUCUUCGUCCUGUACGGGUUCGCGUACGGCGCCGUGAACGAGCCCAAGUCCUCCCAGCACAUCCUCUUCUCCAUAUUCGCCAGUCUGCUCGUCGCCGUCUCCUACCACCUGAGCCGCUCCUCUUCCGACCCCACCGUCAUUUGGGACAUACUCAAGGCGAACCUGUGGCCACCCGUCGACAACUACGCGGAGGAGGAGGAGAGGGAGGCGAAGAUCAUCGAGAACACGACCUCCGGCCGGAAGAUCAAAGUGGGCGAGCAGAUGUCGGACGCCGAGCUGGUGGACCCUCUGCCCGGCAAGCUGCGCUCGACGGUGAACGCCCGGCUGAAGAACGACCUGAUCGUCUGCGCCGUGAUCGGCACCCUCACCUUCGCCGUCCACUGCUCGACGGUGUUCACCGCCCUGCAGCCGGAGCUGAACCCGAUACUCUGGGGCAUCGCCGGCUGCCUGGGCUUCCUCCUGCACUACGUCGUGCCGCAGCUGCGCAAGCAGCUGCCGUGGCUCUGCCUGGCGAGGCCCGUUCUGCGCAGCCACGAGCACGCUCAGUUCGAGGUGCGCGAGCCCGUCAAGAUCAUGUGGUUCGAGAAGGCCUACGUCUGCCUCUGCUUCCUCGAGCGCAACGUCCUCUACCCGGUGGUCUUCCUCGGCGCGCUCACCGAGUGCACGCCGCGGAUCGUCGACAAGUUCGGCGAGAGCGUCGGCGCCCUCGUCGUCGUCGUCUGCGGCCUCAAGUCCCUCAGAUCCGCCUACUCGGACCCGUCCACCCGCUACCUCGUCCUCGUCUUCGCGGUCCUCUUCUUCCAACGGGACGUCCGCGGCCUGAGCGAGACCUUCCUCGUCGACUACUUCGUCACCGGGAUCGCCUUCGCCAAGAUCCACGAGCUCUUGCUCAAGAUCCGCUUCGUCGUCACGUACAUCGCGCCCUGGCAGAUCACCUGGGGCAGCGCCUUCCACGCGUUCGCUCAGCCUUUCUCGGUGCCGCACUCGGCGAUGCUCUUCCUGCAGGCCGGCAUCUCGGCGAUGCUGAGCACGCCGUUGAACCCGCUGCUCGGCAGCGCGAUCUUCGUCUCCUCGUACGUGCGACCGGUCAAGUUCUGGGAGAGAGACUACAAGACCAGGCGGGUCGACCACUCCAACACGCGCAUGUCCUCGCACCUCGAUCGCAAUCUCGGCGCGGACGACAACAAUCUCAACUCGAUAUUCUACGAGCAACUCACCAGAUCCCUCCAGCACAGCCUCUGUGGCGAUCUCGCGCUCGGCCGUUGGGGGAACGUCGAGCAGGGCGAUUGCUUCCUGCUCGCGUCCGAUUACUUGAACUGCUUGGUUCACGUCGUUCAACUGGGCAACGGCCUGGUGACCUUCCAGCUGAGAGGCCUCGAAUUCCGGGGGACCUACUGCCAACAGAGAGAGGUGGAAGCGAUCUCCGAGGGUAUCGAAGACAACGACAAUUGCUGUUGCUGCGAAAUGGGCCAUCUCUCGAAUGUACUCAGCGUAAACGCGGCCUUCAGUCAGCGUUGGCUCGCCUGGGAAGUGGCGAGUGCCAAGUACGUGCUCGAGGGUUACUCCAUCUCCGACAACUCGGCGGGUUCCAUGCUGCAGGUGUUCGAGUUUCGCAAGGUGCUGGUUACUUACUACGUCAAGAGUAUUGUCUUCUACACCUUGAGAUCACCUAAGCUGAAACAAUGGCUGGAGAACCCGGACAUCGCCGACGCACUGAAGCCGACGCUCGAGAAGAACUUCAUCGAUCUCGACCCGGUCUUCAAUAUGAAUAUCGACGAGGACUUUGAUUUCCGCGCGAGUGGCAUCACGCGCAGCAGCUUCUGCAAUGUUUAUCUCGACUGGAUACAAUAUUGCGCUGGUAAACACGAUAAGUCACUGGAUAGAACACGUGAUUCAUCUCUCGUAUCGUUGUGUCUCGCCUUAAGUCUAUUGGGAAGACGUGUGUUAGGUGCUGCAUCUCACAACACCGUUUCGAGCGUUGAAUUUUUUCUUUAUGGGCUACAUGCGUUGUUUAAAGGAGAUUUCCGAAUAACCUCGGUCCGCGACGAGUGGGUGUUGCACGAUGUCGACUUAUUGCGCAGCGUAGUCGCGAAGGGUGUGAGGAUGGCCUUGAAACUGCACCAGGACCAUUUUAUGAGCCCGGAACAGUACGUGGAGUCAGCGCCGCUCUUCGAGGCGAUCGACAGUCACGACAAAAAUCUCGUUAUUAGUCACGAAGCGGACCCACUUUGGAGGAAUGCCGUGUUGAGUGGUGCGCCCAGCCUAUUGGCGCUCAGACACGUGCUGGACGACGGUAUAGACGAGUACAAAGUGAUAAUGCUGAACAAACGUUUUCUGAGUUUUCGAGUGAUCAAGAUGAAUCGCGAGUGCGUCCGCGGACUCUGGGCCGGGCAGCAGCAGGAGCUGGUAUAUCUGAGAAACAGAAACCCGGAGCGCGGCUCGAUACAGAACGCCAAGCAAGCGCUGAGAAACAUCAUCAACAGUUCGUGCGACCAGCCAAUUGGAUAUCCGAUCUACGUGUCACCAUUGACCACCAGCUACGCCGAGACCAACGAGCAAUUGUGCUCGAUAGUCGGCGGACCGUUGAGUUUCGGCACCAUAAAAAGUACUGCGUUAAAAUUGUGGCGAAGAAUAAGAAGGAGAUGCGGCCAAGGUUGCUCCUCGGGCGGUACCGGCUCCCAAGAUGACGGAGGCUUCGGGAAUGAUGGAAUAUACGCGAUGACGACUUACAACAUACACACCGGGUACGCUCAGUCAGGCCACAACACGUCCGGCUCGCAGUCGAUGGAGUCCGGCUGCCAAAUCGGAGGUUCGACCGGUCGCGGUUCUCUCGGCCGUGCGAAUACGGGCUCCCUCGGCGGUAACAGAGGCUCGCUCGCUUCCGUCGGCAAGCCAACCAGCUCCACGCUCGCUAGUCUAGCCGGAUUGCUCAGUAACAGUGACAUUAAAACGGAAACAAAGAGCGAGACGAGCUUUUCCAGCAAACUGGAGAAAGAAGAGGUUUUCCAAAGGGUUUGCAUCAUGGAUCCUAAUCAAGUAUAUGACGCGAUCAAUCUGGGUCGGCGCAUAGACGUGAUCUGGCCAGACGAAAGAAUGAGACAACAGGGCGGUCGUUCCGGCUGGCAACACUGGGUGCCGGAAAGAGGUAUGGAGGGCUGUGUGGUUCACCGUUGGUCGCCGAAUCAUCGCGAUCCCAACCGGCGGUCGCAUGUCGACAAGGUCAUUCUACUCAUGAAGAUAGACGACAAGUAUGUGCCGAUUGCCGAGCAAGGUGUGCGGGACUUGGGUGCGGAGGUUUAGUGAAGUAUCAUCGAGACUUAUACACUCGCGGUAGCCUUUCUACGAUUGUGUCCCAAACUUGCGAUGUAAUACUCGACGCAUCAGCGAGAGAGGAGUUUCAAUCUCGCAGAUGCGGAACAUUUCACAAAAUUCUUUAACGUAAAGCGCAAUGUAUUCAUAUAUUGACGAACUACUAGUUUCUUACUUCCACACGAAAUCGAUACUCGCCAUUAGGACAUAAAUGAGAGAGAAGACGGCUCAGAUCGACGACACGUUGAAUUAGUCUAGUUCGAAUUACGAUGUGUUUCAAUCGGUAUCGUAUCUUGGUGUAUUGAGAACUCUUUCAAUUUAUCUUUUGUUGAUGUUGUACUUAGAAGUUUUGUGGGGUAUGAGUGGGUGAUUCUUGUUGGAUUUAGCAUCACGUUCCUUUCCACCUUGAUUGAACCGUUAAAACUUUAUUCUUCAAAGGCUUCUGUGCAAAAAGUUAACGUGUUGAUGCAAUCGAGUUGUAGAAUCUGUAUAGAGAGAGAGAGAAAGAAAGGGAGAGAAAAAAAUAUAUAUUAUAUAUAUGUGUAUAUAUAUAUAUCUUUUUGUCACCUCGUAACUAUCACAAAAUAUAUUGUUACUUCUCGCGAGUUGCAUGGGAGGGCAAAACGUCGAUUGCCAAGUUAUUCAAUGCAAACCGAAUUGUAUCAUGUUGUAUUAUACUAAUGUAUUAUAUGAUCAUAUGUAUGUUAGUUGGCUCACUGAACGGUAUACGGAGCAGAUGUUACUUGUUGCCCAGUGUAUUUAAACUUGUUUAUCGUAACAAUUAAAAGCGUAAGUGUGUUCGGGCGCGUUCCUCUUCCACUAAUUUAUAACGUAUAAAUGCGGCAUAUAUUUUUGGCGGUUGAUAAAAAAAGAAUAGUGGAAUUGUAAAUUGUAUGAGUAUAUAAUAAUGUAUUAUACAAACUCAAGAACGAAACUUCUUAAGUAGGCUGUUGCUAUACCAAGUCCUUGGCAACAGGUACAACACAACAACAAGUGACAUCGACAAAAGUUUAUAUACCGGUGUUCGGCAAAAUGUAUUAAUGAAUAACGACUUUGAAUAUAUAUUUGUAAAUGCAUCA